AAAACCUGCUUUGGCUUUGCAUCAGCCUAAUCGUGUGAUCUACCAAGAAGUGAACAGUUGGUUUUCCUUGUAAAUUUGAGCAAUUCAGAAAUCACUACUACUGCUCUGUUUAUGCGGUUCGGCUGAUGGUAAAGAACGUAAAGGUCUCAUCGUCAACGUCAGUUCACCGGGUGGUCUCAGGUACUUGUUCAACGUACCGUAUGGAAUUGGGAAGCAGGCAUUGGAUAGAAUGUCAGCAGAUAUGGCGUUUGAACUCAAGCGCAUCGAUUUUUUCGAAAAAGGAGAAUCAAGUGAGUGUCCCGGUAAAACAGUUGUAGCACUUGCCUCUGAUGACCGAAGAAUGGAAAAAAGUGGACUGGCUUUGAUUACUGCAGAUUUGGGCGACGAUGGCUUUCGAGACACGGACGUUAUCAACGCAGGUCGGGAUCCUCCAAGUAUGCGCAGCGUAUCGUUCCUGCUCAAUUACAACGGCUAUAAGCAGGCCGCUCAAUGGGUGCCUGCAUGGGCGAAGGUGCCUGGAUGGCUGCUAUGGGCAUCGGCGAGCCGAUUGUAA